AUGACAUUCGCACAGCUUCAGAACUUCUUCCUCUGGACGGCAUUGCAGAAUGACUGGACGGACUUCUUCUGGUCACACCAAGAUGUGCUCGUCUUCUCAUAUGAGGACGAGACACUGCCGGUAGCGGACUCCACAGAGCCAAUCCCGUACUCACUCUACUCCCGCGCUGUGGGCACCCUACGCUACUUGCAACAGCCCGACGUUCAGCCAUGGGCGAACCAUUUCUUUGCGUACGAUCAUCUGACGCUGGUCCAUCGGGACGCCAUCCUCGCCGUGGGCGGCUGGGACACGCACAUCCCCUUCUACGCGACGGACUGCGACAUGUACGACCGCCUUUUGUGGGCGGGAUACUGGCAGGGCGAGACAGCCAUAGGCGUCAUCCUCGAUGUGUCGACUGUUCUCAAGGACAUCGCUGCGCUGUUCCGCUUGCCUGGUGUGCAUGCAACAUUUGUGGGUGAUCCCGGGCCAGGCAAGCUUGGCGAGGGUGAGGAGACGGGCGAGGAUCAGCGCCAGUUGGAAAAGAUGCUCAAGCAGAAAGAAAAGGCGCAGAAGAAGCUUGUGGAGAAGCAGGGCGAGACGUGGGAGCACCUCGUGGAAGUAGGAAAACGCAUGCGAGAUAUAAAGUACAUUGAUGGUGGAGGCUGGAGGAACAAUUGGCAGCAGAAGCAGGCUGGCGGGAAGGGUGAGCCCUUUUAUCGAGAUCCAGACGGAUUCCAGGCAGGUAUCCAGAUGUUCAUCGAGACUGGGCGCAGGGUCUUUGCAGAGAAAUGGGGCCAUAGGGGCUGUGAUAUUGUCCAGAUGGGGAUCAAAGCCGAGGAUGCUUGGAGGCUUGAGAAUGAUUGGGAUCCCGAGACUGAGGGAAGUGGCAGUGAGGGUGAUGAUUGGUAA